AUGGCACACCUGCUAGGCAGCCAGGCCUGCAUGGAUAGCCUGCGCAAGGACCUCACCGACCUGCAGGGCGCCAUCGUGGAUGUGUUCUCCCGUGCUGGGCCCGUGCGCUUCCCCUCCUGGAAGUUCCCUGACCGUGUGGCCUGUGACCUCGACAUGGUGGCUCUGCUGGAACACUAUGACCAUGUGCCGGGGGACCCAGAGUUCACGCAACUAUCCCACGCCGUGCUGCUGGAGCUGGUCAUCGACAGGCUCCUACUGCUGCUUCAGAGCUGUGCGAGCUACUUGGAGAACCUCAGCUCAGAGAAGGUGAUACCUCCGACUCGGGCAGUGGGGCCUUGCAUGUCCGUGGGGCUCACGGUCCAGCGUUUCUGGAACAGCCUGCUGAGGCUGGGCAUGCUCUACCAGCAGACGGCCUCCCAGAAAAGGACAAGCCAAGGGGAGACCUUCACCUCCAAGCCCACAGCCAAGGGUGAGCCAGCUAGGAGCCCUGAAUAUCUGCCUGCCAAGUUCAACAAGCUCCCCUAUCUGGUGCCAGGCUUGUCCCAGACCUGCCAAGAGCCAGAGAGCAUUUCCAGAAGCGACUCCCUGCAGCGUCCAGCCAGAACAUCUGAGAACAUCAAGAGCGUUCAUUCCCAGACUGUGGAGACGGCCCUGGUGCCCUGUGAUGCAUGCAUCAGCGUCCAGGGCAGCCUGCAGGAGUUGGGCAAGGUGGUCAUCAACCUGUGUCAGAGCCAGAACUUGCCCUCAUCCUUGGGCCAGUUCCACCAUUUGGUGCAGGACAGCAUUGGGCUGAAGCCACUGCCGGCUGCCACCAUGAUCCACUGGGCCGCAGAGCAGAGCAAAGACCUGGCACGCAUCAGCAAGCAUGUUGGGGCCCUCACCCAGCUCGUUGGGCCCCUGCGGGUGCAGCUGGAGGAAGCUGAGGGCCAGAAAGACAUGCUGAAGAAGCGUGUGGCUGAGCUGGGGGAGGCACUGCAGCAGGACAAAAAGGAGCUUCAGCAGCAGGCAGAGGAGGCCGAGCGGCACCAGGCCGCGUGGGAGUGUGACAAGAUGCAGCUCCUCACAGAGACAAGUGCCCUAAAGACGCAGGUGGCCACCCUGAAGGAGGAGCUAAAGCAGCAGCAGGAGUCCACACAGGCUGCGGAGGCCAAGGCCCAGCAGCUGCUGGGAGAAGGUGAACGCAGGGCUGCGGCCGAGAGACAGGUGCAGCAGCUGGAAGAGCAGGUGCGGCUGCUGGCAGGACGGCUGGACGGGGCCAGUCAGCAGAUCCACUGGGCCAGCACAGAGCUGGACAAGGAGAAGGCCCGUGUCGACAGCAUGGUCCGCCACCAGGAGUCCCUGCAGGCAAAACAGCGAGCCCUGCUCCAGCAGCUGGACAGCCUGGACCAGGAGCGCGAGGAGCUGCGGGGCAGCCUGGAUGAGGCCGAGGCGCAGCAAGCCCAGGCGGAAGUACAGCUACAGAGCCUGCAGAGCGACAGAGAGCAGUGGCAGUGCCAGCUCCAGGCCCAGCAGGAGCUGCUGCAGAGCCUGCAGCAAGAGAAGCAGGACCUAGAACAGACAGCCACAGACCUGCAGCUGACCAUCUCGGAGCUGGAGCAGGAGCUGGGGGUGCUGAAAGAGAGGGAGCGGCUGCUGGUGGCCUUUCCAGACCUGCACGGGCCCCUGGAGGCCCAGAUCCAAAGUAGGAACCAGGGGAUGGAACCCGAGGCAUGCCAGUGUCCAUGGGGCCCAGGGUGGGUCCCUAGAGAGCACAUCCUUGUAGGUUCUGGCAACAUCACCGACGACAUGGAGAGACAGGUGCAGGCCAACGGCAUCCGCAUCCGAGUUCUGCAGGAGGAGAACCAACGGCUCGAGUCGAUGUUGUCCAAAAUCCAGGAGGUGGCCCAGCAGGGCGGCCUCAAGCUGAUCCCGCAGGACCAACUGCAAACCCCUCCUGGCAAGGGGACCCAGACCCCGAGAGCAUCCCCAGGGCCCCUGGGCAGGCGGCACCUUCCUGGCAGUAGGGUGGGCAGUGCGAGCAGGACCCUACCACGCCAGGCCCGAGUGUCCCCACCGCGACAACCCAGCAGCCAGCCCAGCAAGUCCUCCCUGGAAGAUGGGACCCACUUGGCCAUCUGUGCCAAGAACCCCAUACGGGCCUUGGCCAGGCUGAGGAGGAGACUCUCACCAAGCCAAGACCAGGUCGGCUCUUCUUACCCAGAAACAACCCAGGAACGACCCAUGUAACCUGCAGUAGCAGGGGUGGAGGC